UUUAUACAUGCAUACUGUAUACUGUACACUCUGUAUAUAGUGACACAUUCUCUGUAGUUCGGGUUCAACACUGCAGUUAUUGUAUGAUGUCUGUGGGUGUGCAGAGGAGGACAUUGCUGGUUUUCUAGGGGAAGGAGGAAUUCCCAGAGGACAAUUGCCAUGUGUUGUGACUUGCCUCCAUAGAGACCUGCAUCACCAGGCAGUGCUCCGGUAGACCUGGUUUGUUGUUACCUGAACCACGUAGCAUUGCCUGAUGCAAGUCAACAAGGCUGUUUGGUUUAUUGUCCGAGAAAGUGCAACGCUCAUGCAGGGAAUAAGAGCAAGAGCAAAGGUCAUCCUCAUUUAAAAAAUGCAUUAAUUUAAGGGUACACUUUGGAGAAUGGAUAAAACAGGUGUAAUUAGUGUUACAGGUAACCAGUGGCAGAGACUGCUCAGGUGGCAUCGGGGACAGAAAGUGAAUGAGGAAGAAGAAGAUGGAGUCAAGGAUGAAGAGAAACGUAACACCAGUCUGGAUCAGAAGUUCAAAAUUAACUGGAAAGAGUGGGUGGUUGAUCCAGCAGAUCAGUUUUAUUACAUCUGGCUACAGAUCAUGAUCUUGCCCAUUGUCUACAACUCAGUGAUCAUCAUUUUGAGGACGUGCUUCACUGCAAUUGCACUGAGCUACCUGCCUGUGUGGCUGACACUGGACUAUCUGUCAGACAUCAUGUAUAUGGUUGAUAUGAUCAUCACUGUUCACACAGGUUACUUGGAUCAGGGCAUCCUGAUCAAGGACCUAACUCAGCUGAAGAAACGCUACCUGCACUCUAAACGUUUCUUAAGGGAUCUGGUUUCCCUGCUGCCCACCGACUUCCUCUAUUUUGUCUUUGGCAUCCAAACUCCGCUGGUGAGGAUCAAUCGUUUUCUGCGCAUGCCACGACUCAACGAGGCCCUCGAUCGCAUGGAGACGAGAACCUCUUACCCCAACACCUUCCGCAUCUCCAAGCUCAUGAUCUACAUCUUUGUACUGAUCCACUGGAAUGCUUGUCUCUACUUUGCACUAUCCAGCUACAUUGGCUUUGGAAGUGAUCGUUGGGUCUAUCCCAACAUCACCGACCCGGAGUUUGCCUCCAUGCGUCGUCAGUACUUUUACUGCUUCUGGUUCUCUGCCCAGAUUUUCACCACAGUAGGAGACACCCCCCUACCAAAAAGGGAAGAGGAGUACUUGUUUAUGAUUGCAGAUCUGCUCAUUGCUGUGCUGGUGUUUGCUUCAAUUGUUGGAAAUGUUGGAAAUGUCAUCACAAGCCUAAGGGACCGUGAUAAUGUCUUCUUCCCGAACCAUGAGCUGGUCAAGGCAUACUUGCGUAGCCAUCACAUUAGCAAAGAGCUUCGACAACGUAUCGACAACUGGUACCAGCACCUUCACAUCAACAAGAAGAUCAUGCGAGAGAAUGAAAUCCUGUCGCAGCUGCCUGUACACCUGAGGACAGAGAUCGCUGUCAGCGUUCACCUUCCCACACUCACCAAAGUCACCAUCUUCCAGAACUGUGAGAAAAGUCUGCUGGAGGAGCUGGUGCUUAAACUAACACCUCAGGUAUUCAGCCCAGGAGAAUACGUCUGCAGGAAAGGAGAUGUAGGCCACGAAAUGUACAUCAUCAAAGAGGGAAAACUUGCUGUUGUUGCAGACGAUGGGGUUACAGAGUUUGCUGUGCUGAGUGAAGGGAAUUUCUUUGGAGAAAUUAGUAUCCUGAACAUCAAAGGUAACAAGUCAGGCAAUCGCCGAACUGCCAACAUCCGCAGCAUCGGCCACUCUGACCUGUUCAGCUUGUCCAAAGAGGACCUGACAGAUGUGCUGUCCGAGUUCCCUGCAGCCAAACGCCUCCUGGAGGAGAAAGGCAGACAAAUCCUCACUAAGAUGGGCAUGUUGGAGGAGAGUGGGGAGGGAGAGGAAAGGGAGGCAGAGAAAGUUGAAACCAAGAUAAAAAGGCUGGAAAGCAAGUUGGAAAUCCUGCAAACAAAAUUAGCUCGACUUAUGGUGGAAUUAGAGUCCAGCAACCGCAAGAUGCAGGCCAGAGUGGAGCAGCUGGAAUGGGAAGUGGCAGCAUUGGAACCUCAGCUGCAAGAAGGUGGAGAAGAUGGAGAGAGGACAAAGGGAAGAGGUGAAGGGGUCGGAAGGGAAGUUGGAUGGGAGCGAGAGGAGGCAGAGGGAGAAGAAGAGGGUUCAGAUGCCAAGGCAAAAACACAGGUACAGGGAGAAGAUGGUAAUGAUGUGACCAAAGAAGGCGAUGGAGAGAGCACCAAAAGUACAAAAGAGGAUGUGGAAAAGAAAGAAUCAGACAGUCAGGAGAAAGGAAAAGAAGAUGCUGGAAAGACAAACAGAGAGAAAGGGGAUGACAGACCUGGGAAAGGAGAUGGAGCUGAGACUGAGUCUGGAGAUGAGAGAAAAGGGAAAAGUGGAAAAGAAGAAUCGGAAGAGGCGAGGGAAGAUACUGAAGGAGAUUCAGAGAAAAGAGAGAUGGGGCAGAAAGAUGAAGAGGGGAAAAAAAAUAAUGAAAAAUAAAACAAAAUAACUGAAAAUGAGAAUAAAUUUUAAAAAAAUCCAAGUUUGUAUAUCUUCCUAUAUGCGUGUGUCUGUUUUAUAUUAAUAAAAAUAAGGAAAACCUUAGCAUCUCGUUGCCACAGUUUCUGCUGUAUAACUGUACCGCUAGAUGGCAGCAUUGUAUUUCCCACCGUAGGUGAAUGUCUAUCAUCAAGAACGAAGUGUUGUUUUUAAUUUGAUAAAAUACUUAUUUUUGUUUGGUUGGAUGUCGAUAAAUUGAUAACAAGCUCUUUCUGGGACAAACUGCAAUGGCAUUGUAAGAUGUUACAGCGACAGAUAUUGUUUCGUGAAAUGGUGUUCAGUUUACAAAGAAAAUGAAAUGCAAUCCCUUGUUAUUAGAUAUUAGAUUUUUGUGAGGUUAUCCUGAACUUGUUGCACAAUAGUA